CCCUUCAUCUUAUCUCUAUCUCUGUCUGUCUCGGACCUGGCUGCUCUCAUCUCUCCCUCUCAGUCUCUCAGUCUCUCUCCUUUCCUCCUCUGUCUCUGUCCAUGGGCCUUGGCUGACCAGAGCCCCUGCCCUGAGCCUGUUUUCUCCUCGCAGCCUGACCACACGAUGACCAGCUGGGCUCUGCUGGUGCUGAUGGUCCUGACGUUGGGCAGGACCCUGCCUGUCCCAGCAACCCCUAUCCCAGCCUUCCAGCUCCUCCCUGAGAACUUUCCCCAGGCUACUCCCUGCCCUGUGACCUCGGAGAGCCCCUCAGCCAGCACCACAGGCCUCUCUGCUGCUUGGGGCCACCCCAGCCCUGGCCCCCGCCCUGGUCCCCGCAUCACCCUAUCGUUGGAUGUACCCCUUGGCCUCCUGCAGAUUUUACUGGAGCAGGCCCAGGCCAGGGCUGCGCGGGAGCAAGCUGCUGCCAACGCCCGCAUCCUGGCCCACAUUGGCCGCCGCUGAGCCUGAGGGAGGGGUCACAGUGAUGGAGCCACCCUGGAUGGGGAGACCCAGAGGGCAGUGGCGGAGCUGGGCAGUACUACAUCUGGGCACGGUGCCUCUGGACUCCGCCAUCUGGGGUCACUGCUGUGUGGUGUCACAUCACAUCGGAUUGCCUCAGUGAUAGUGGGUCUGGACAGCCUGGACAUUACCAUGUCGGGUCGCCAAGUGGAGCCUAGGCACUCCUAGGAGCCCCACAGACUUACAGUCUAUCUGGGCAGCUUGGACACUACCAUGGAAGUUCACUACCAUGUGGAGUCCUGUCAUGCCUGGGUCCCACAAUCAGAGCAUCUGGACACCCUCACAUGUGGUCACUGUCAUGCCACUUUCAUGAACCUCAACAUUAGAGCCCAUCAUUGCAUUGGAGACCAGCCCACCCAAGACCAGAUCCAUAGAUCUGCCUGCCACCCACAGGUCGCCACACAGAGAAGUGCUGGCAGAGGGUCACAUGCAUGUUUCGUGCCCCAUGAGGCGGCAUCCACCCCAGAUGGAUGGGGCUGUCAGGGGCAUCUCCAGGCAAGGAUGGAUGGUCAUACGUGGGCGGUCUGUGGCUGUGGCAACCUUGUCUUGUGGGGGUGGGCAGGGUGUGCCUGCAUGUGUGUCUGCGUCUUUGUGUAUCUGACAACUGUGAAUGUGUGUUGAGCAAGGUGAGGGCAUGUGAGGGGGCUGGGAGGAACAGGGGCUUGUCCCCUAAACCUGCAUGAAGCACGCUCAGCACACAGCCGGGCACUGUCUUCCCCACACCCCUGCAUUACCCGGGUUCCGCCCUUCAUUCAACACACAGACCUCGGGGCAGAGGGGAUCAGGCUGCUGGGGCACCGGCCCAACUGCCCCUCCCUCAUUGAACUGUCCUGAGCAAAUGUACUCACCUUUCCAAGCCUCAGUUUCCUCCUCUGUGAAGCAGAGUGAUGCCAAGCUUCUUGUGAGUAUUGAGUUAACAAACGUGAAGGUUCUGGCAUGCAAUAAGCACUCAAUAAAUGUA